ACGGGGCCGGUGGUAUUGGAACUAAGGACUGUAAAGUCAAAGCAAAAUAAAUGGAACACGAUUAAAACAAUAUUACUUUUUAUGUGCAUUUAAUAAAGGCAGGCCCACCGCUGAUACAAAACAAAAUUACCUGUAAAAAAACAAAAAAAACUGUAAAAAAAACAAAAACAAAACAAAACACACAAAAAAACAUUAACGUCACCAAUUCAGAGAACAGAACAAUAUUAUUAUUAGUUGAUAUGACAUUCACUCCACGCCGGCGUUACUGUUGGUUCGCUGAAUGUUUAUUAUAAAGAAAAUCACUUUAAUAAAAUUAACAUCGCAUGCAGCACGUCAGUAGGUUAAGGCAUGCUUCGUGGCUGGUACUGGUAUUAAACAGCGUUGUUGUUACAGCCUCUUGCCUACAGACUCUUUUUGCAAAAUGUCUGAUGGGAAUCAGAGAAACGCCUCGAAAAAAUCCAGACACCCAAAAGAGACACUGAGACACCUCAGAACACGAGAACAGAGAAAAAAUGUGGACCAGCACGGACCUGCCACUGUAUAUGCGCAGGUUGUGGGUGCUGGUAGUCGAGAUAAUGGGCCAUCCUUGUACGUUUUCUCUGAAUUUAACAGGUAUCUCUUCAACUGUGGAGAAGGCACUCAAAGACUGAUGCAAGAACACAAAUUAAAAGCUGCCCGACUGGAUAACAUUUUCUUGACAAGAAUGAGUUGGUCAAAUGUUGGAGGAUUAUCAGGGAUGAUAUUAACACUGAAGGAUACAGGGGUUCCUGAGUGUGUUAUUUCUGGACCUCCACAGCUGGAAAAAUAUGUGAAUGCAAUCCAAGUCUUCUCUGGACCAUUAGAAGAAAUCAAAAUAGCUGUACGGCCCUACACAGAACCACAGUACUCUGACAAUACCAUGACUGUUAAUCAAGUACCCAUAUUUGCACAGCUGAAGCCCAGCAAACGGAAGAUGUCCCCCAGCCCAGAGAGAGGCAGCCCCAGCAACUCCCCUUGGUGUCGCUCUCAGACUCGCUCUCCACAGGCCGAGCGCUGGAACCUGGAGGACAGCGAGGAGCUAGUCAACGCCAGGGAGAGAGAGAGACCUGGCAUGCCUGGAGGAAGUCCAAGAAUUUUCACAAGAGAUCUUUCUUUGGUGGUGGCUUUUGUUUGUAAGAUAUUACCUGGAGAGGUCUGUACUCCAGCAGACCCGGGUCCUGCCUUCAUUGUUGUGGAGUGUCCCAAUGAAGACUUCAUCGAGGCAGUCUGUAACAAUGAGCUCCUGAAGAGGUACCAUGCUGGAGGAGUGGAAGACCCUGCAUCCUUAGUUGUCCAUAUGACACCAGAAUCGAUUUUGCAAAUUGACAGAUAUAAGGAGUGGAAGGAGAGGUUUGGACCUACUACUGAACACCUGAUUUUAAAUGAACAUGUACACACAAUCCAUAACAUUCGGAGUCACAAGAUUCAGACCCAACUCAACCUUAUUCACCCAGAGAUCUUUCCAGCACUGAGGAACUGUGAAACAAAGGAGAAACAGGCUGCCCUGCAUGUGCCCAGUGUCUGGGGGGAGUGUCUGCUCAAGUAUCAGCUGAGGCCCAAGUUUGAGUGGCAAAGAGAUGCAGUUCCUUUGAGCGACUCCCGCAAGUUUAUUAAAGAAGCGACCGAGCUUCCUGGAUUCCUGGAAAGAGUGGAGGAGUGUAAACAGUCCCUGGCAACAGAUCCCAGUUUUAUCUGGGAAGCUGACCGGUAUCCAGAAGUGGUGUUUCUUGGCACUGGAUCUGCCCUCCCUAUGACGAUUCGGAAUGUCAGCUCAACACUGCUGAACAUCAGCCUUACUCAGUCUGUGCUGCUGGACUGUGGCGAAGGCACUUUUGGACAGCUGUGCCAUCACUAUGGCAACAAUGUAGAUGAGGUCCUGAGUAAUUUGUCGGCAAUUUUCAUUUCGCAUAUGCACGCGGAUCAUCACACAGGCCUGUUAAAUGUACUAUUACAGAGGGAGAGAGCUUUGAAUUCCCUAGGAUUGCCCUUCACACCAGUUCUUCUAGUGGCUCCACUUCAGAUCAUGACGUGGUUAAACCAGUACCACGAUCACUGCCAGGGAAUCCUCAGCCAUAUCAACAUCAUUCCAGUCACUUUCCUCACAGAGGGAGCUGAUGAUCCCAAGUACAAAACCAAGAUCUUCAUACAGUCCCUGCUUAAGAAGUUAGAUUUGGAAAAGUUCCAGACCAGUGUGGUUCGUCACUGUAAGAACGCCUUUGCAUGCUCUUUAACCCACCGUUCUGGUUGGAAAAUCGUCUUUUCUGGAGAGACGAUGCCUUGCGAUGCUCUGGUACAGCUGGGAAAGGAUGCCAUGUUGCUUAUUCACGAAGCUACACUGGAGGAUGGUAUGGAAGAUGAGGCUACUGAAAAAAAACACAGCACUACCUCUCAGGCCAUUGGCAUCGGAAUGGAAAUGAAUGCCAAGUUCAUCAUGCUGAACCAUUUUAAUCAGAGAUAUGCUAAAAUCCCCCUCUUCAAUGCAGAUUUCAAUGACAAGGUUGGAAUAGCUUUUGACCACAUGAGGAUUCGGUUUGGUGACUUUGGAGCCAUACCUAAACUGAUCCUGCCGUUGAAAGCGCUGUUUGCAGAAGAGAUUGAGGAAAUGGUGGAAAGGCGAGAGAAGCGGGAGCUGAAACAGAUGAAAGAGGCCAGUUUAGAUGUGUUAGACUCUGGCCGCAUGAAUGGUACGCAGGCCCAGCUAUCUGUGAACAAAACUGCAGGAACUGAGGACCCAACCCCUGGCAGUAACAAGCAAGAGCUGGAACAACCACACCCAGAAGGGGAGAGCAAAAAACUGGAAGCUAUCUAGGGAGAAGGAAGGAAGAAAGACAAUGGACUGCAUGACUCUUUGAUUUUAUGCACUGUUGAAGGUUUAGCAGCUUAAGGUUUUAAGUACUAUUAACAUCUCUUUACAAUGGAGACCUGAUCAAGAAGAUGGCAUAACAUACCAAAUAACAAUAAUUGAAAUGAACGCAGCCAGUCCAAACAAGUUAAACAAUAUACCAGGAUCUGGCAGUUCUCUUCAUAUCCACUGUUAUCCUUUUAAUUGUUUAGUAAUUUCUAUAAGUGGACUGGUUUUCAAGACAAUCCUCUCAUGGCCUCUAGGAUUUAAACUAAAGUCAUCUCAGUGAUAGUGGCAUGUGUAUUCAGCACAUUGGCUACAUUAUUGCUUCAUAUGUUGCUUUUUAACAGUUUAUAAACAUGAUGGGUAGCUUCUUACAUCUCUUUAUAUGCCACAUUGACACAUAAAACUCCCUAUAUCGUGUAAUCUAUCCUGCAUGUAAACCUGCCAGUGCACCAGUAAAAUACAUGAUGAGAUACAGAAAAUUAAAUGAUUUUUUUUUUGUACAUAGAAAUGGUAGUGUUUUAAGUUUGCUGUUUUGCUUUGUUAAUAAAGCUAAUUUGAUUUUUC